AUGAUCUUCUUCCGCACCGGCAUCAACGAUGUGCCCUCGACCACCGGGCUCGUCGGGGCCUUCAUCUGUCUCUUUGGAUUCGUCUCGCUCAUCUGCCGCGACAAGCUCUUUAUUUCCGAGACGCUGCUUGCAACCCUGCUCGGCAUCGCCUUUGGCCCCAUCGGCAUCAAUCUCGUCAACCCGUUCCAGUGGGAUGUCGAUAUCAAUGAAGUCACGCUGCAGUUCUCGCAGGUCGUCAUGGCCAUCCAGGUUACCGCCGUCGGUGUUGUUCUGCGCCGCAAGUUCUGGGUGUCGAAUGUUCGACCGCUGGCUGUCCUUCUCGGCCCCAUCAUGAUCUCCACCUGGCUGAUCACCGCCGUGCUCCUCUGGGCGCUCGCCAAGGUGAACAUCUACCAGGCUCUGAUCAUUGGUGCGUGCACGGCCCCCACGGACCCUGUGCUGGCAAACUCAAUCGUCAGCGGCAAGUUUGCCGAUCUGUAUCUGUCCAUUCCCAUCAGAGAUCUGCUCUCUGGAGAAAGUGCUGUCAACGACGGAUUGGCCGUCACGCUCUUUUCCAUGAGCGUCAUGGUCUCUCAGAUGAGUCCCAAGGACGUCGCCUUCCACUGGACGCUCGAGACUGUUCUCUACGAAAUGGGCGUUGCCAUCAUCAUCGCCAUCCUGAUCGGCCUCGCCUCAAAGUGGUUGCUGCGAUUCGCCCACAUGAAUCGAUACAUUGACCGCCGCAGCUUCCUGUGCUUCAUUCUCGGCAUGGCGCUCUUCACGGUCGGAAUUUGCUCCAUGCUUGGACUGGCCUCUGUCUUUGCCUGUCUUGUGGCCGGUGUGGCCUUCUCAUGGGAUGGCUGGUACGACGAAGAGGGCGAAGACCACGAUGUCAGCCAGGUCAUCGACAUGGUCCUCAACAUGACCUUCUUCAUCUUUGUCGGCGCCUCGAUUCCGUGGUCGUCAUUCCAUUUCGAGUCGGUUUCGACCGCGACCAUGGUCGGCACCAUCGUGCUGAUUCUGAUCCUGCGCCGCCUGCCCCUGGUGCUGAUCGGAUACAAGCUCAUGGGCCUCGAAAAGAUCUCCUUCCUCGAGGCUUUCUUUGUGGGCUGGUUCGGGCCCACCGGCGUCAGCGCGCUGUGGUACAUGGCCGCAGCCAAGCUCGAGUUUGCAGACAACAGCACCGUCGUGCCGAUCACCAGCUUGAUCGUCCUUACUUCGAUUCUGAUGCACGGCAUCACUGUCCCGUUUGCGCACGUGGGCAUCCGCACCGUGACCAAGUCGAAGCCGUUGAUUUCCGCUCACUGGCCUGAAAAUGUCAACGUCAGCGCCACCGCCAUCUCAGGACCUAUUCCCUUGGACAUCACCUUCACGCCACCUGCAGACGAGUCGAAGAGAAUCCAGGGAUCCUCGCUGUCCUUCCGCCCGUCUCCCCGGGUGGAGCGCAAAGCCGUCACCGCCGCGACCUUGAACGACAUCUAUGUCGUUCCUGACGGGCCAUUGUAUGCCACUGCUAUUUCCGAGCGUGUCGGGUCCAGAGACACCAUCUCGGUCAUUCCGCCGCAGAUCCUGCUCGAGCAGCCUGCCCCUACUUCUCAGCCUCGCGGCGAGUCGCCGUGGUCGCCCGAGACGCUUUCAGACAUGCCCCCUAUCCCCGAAGCUGCCGACGGUCCGCUUGCAGAUUCGCUCGAUGAAGCUUACACCUCCUUCCACGAGAAAGCCGUCGAGAUUGCCAACGCCGAGGCUGAUGCGCCUUCUCAGGAUAGCGUCCCUCAGGUCGCCCAGGCCACAGUCACUCCCGGUCUUGGCCCUGAGAACGAUGCCGAGGCCCCCGAGCAAUCGCCCUUCGAAGACGUAGUUGAGACUCCAUUGGUCCCCCAGCCCGCCACCGAGCAGCAUGCGACCAAAGUCGCCAUGGACACCGAUACUGCGCACCCUGAUCAAACCGUCGAGCCCGUUCCCGCUGACGAUGUCACAGCGUCCCCGCCCGCACACGAGUCCAUCGCUCCCUUGGCUGCAGACGACAUGCCUGUCGAGAUCGUCCCGGACCCUGCCCACAUCGACCCCGAGACUCUACCUCCAGCAUCUUGA